AUGACGCAGUCAGUGGGUGGAGAGGUGGAGCAGAUACACGAGCUGGAUGCGCAGCUGCGAUCCGAUGCUCUUUCACAUCUGCGCCGCUUCCUCUCCAUCAUUUCGCCAGCAGACUUGAUUGACGAUGAAGCAGCGCCUCUCCCAGACUCAGAUUCCGAGCUGCGUGAAGCGCCCUUGUCAGCGUGGACGAAGCUGCACUCCACGCCAACGCUCAACAUUGUUCGGCACCCCACCAUGCCCCUCUUCAGCAUCAGCUCGUUCCUAAGUGGCGUCACUGUGGAGCAAUUUUGGACGCUCAUGGCUAGCAUAGAGAACCGCAAGCUCUGGGAUGCGAGCUGCGAAAGUGGGCAUGUCGUGCGAUGGCUAGACGGGCUGGGCAGUCUCAAGCAGGCUCUGAGAGUGGAAGAGAUGCGCUUCGGAAGCGUGUAAGUCUCGUUCGGAGUAGUGCAUACAGACCGGUCUGGGGGCACGCAUCAUCCGCACAGAAUUCAUCACUGAUACCUGCACACAUGUCUCGCUCACAGCUUUAUGGUGGCAAAGCCACGAUGCUUGCGCCUGCUGAGUGUCGAUGUGCAGCUCGCCAGCACGGCAGACUCACCGAUGCGAUUGGCGUCCAUAAGCGCCUCGACUCGUGGGCCUGCUCCUCCCAAGGGCUACACACAAUUCGAAUUGGGAAUUGGUGGUUUUCUCGUCGAGGCGAUUCCAGCCCAGGACGGCAUUCGUGUUACUCAGCUGUCCGAUCUAGGUGAAGUUGCUGCGUGGGUGCCUCAAAGCGUGGUGAAGCUGGUCAGCGCAACGCUCGUCCCUCGCAGUUUAGCCAACAUCGCCAAGAUUGCCAAGCGACUCGGAGAGAACCCGAUACUCACGGGCGAGACAUCUAAAUAUAGGGAAGACAUGGAGGCUGAUCCGCUUAUAGAGGUGUCGGGAGGUGCUCUUUGGCACAGAGAGCGCCUCUUGCCUCCUCUUGUACAUACAUGCUUGGCAGAGCUACAGCCAGAGAGGCUGGCGCAGCCCGCGUCGUCAUGCUCACCACUCGAGCCUACGCAGCUCGGCGACCAGAUGAGCGCUCCUCAUCGUCGUGCUCACUCAAGAUCCAUCUCCUCCGCCUUGAGCAAAUCGACGCAACCCUCCGGCAGCUCCUUCACGCUCACCUUGCAACGCCUCUCGACUCGUCUGUCCAGCUCUUUCCGAAGUCCCUCCACUUCCCCAAAGGAGCUCAGAAGAGGCGCAUCCGAAGGAGCCGAAGGCUAUCCCUUUCCAUCGUGCCCUACUCCAGCGAAGAGUAGACCCGCUUUCUUGCGUUCUAAAUCCGGCCUGUCUGCAACUUCGACCGACAUGAGCGUCUCAGUGUCGACUAUGCAAGACUUGUGUAGGACAUGGGAAGAGUCUGCAAGUCUUGGUGGCAGUGAAACUGUUCCAGGUACGCCAAUUGAUGAGACCAUGGCAAGGAGUGGCCAGCUUGCCGGCGUGGAGGAGGUGGACACGUCAGCCGAAGAAAACUCACCAGAUCCAGGGGCAUUGGGCCUCUCUAGUGACGAGGAGCUGGUGCGGCCUCUGACAUCAAAACUUCGCCAUUCCCAUGUGGAACAGCACACUAUCGAUGCUCACUGGAAGCGGCUAACGCUUGCCCUAGCUCCAGGGGAGCGUCCUCCCGACCCGCAAGCGAUCAGCUCCGGCGCUUGGGCGCCCGAGUCUUCCUCCGUCGCUCCCAUGGGCUCUGAAACACACCGGACAGCCACCUCGGAUGCAAACACUGCCCAGGCGUCCGAAAUCCCAGAGCUCCUUGCAGAUGCGUUGCAAACGUCGUUGUUGCCUUUUGAUGGGCGCCGGCGAUCGCGCAGACUGGAUCGCCGAAUGUCGAGAGCAGAGCGCGAUGCCCAGCGGCUGUCGAACUUUCUCAUACUCGGUUCUGAUGCGCUUUCCAUGGUUCUUGCUCCCGCAGCGAGACAGAGCAUCAUAGAAAGGUCCACGCCGCUUGCGUCGUCGAAUCUAGAUCCUUGGCAGGAAGACAAGGACGAGAGAUCCAGCUCUCACGGCGAUGAUUCGGAUGCCUCGAAGCCAAGCAUGCUCUCAGCCAGUGUGCUCCCACCCUCUCUGAAGAAGCUGGGCAGGGCUCAAAGUGCCUCUUCAGCCAGCGUGGAAACCGCCGCGACCCACGCAUUCGGUCAUCAUGAUGCAACCAUUUCACAGGCUCAUCCUCCUAAUUUCGGUCAUAGCCAAGGCUGGAGCUACUCUUCCAUAGCUGAAGUGCCGUAUGCGGUCGCUCUGGGACUGAUCAAUCUGAGCUACGUCGCUCUGGCGACGGCUGGACGCCAAUCCGAGCCACACUCACCUGAUCCUGCUCACGGUGCGCGCAGAACAAGUCACAGCUGCCCAUCGAAUGCUUCCGCUGGUCUGGACCACUUCGCAUUUGCUGCUUCCAGCACACAUGGCACCUCGGCAUUUGCAGCGCCAGCGUCUCCAAGCCAGAUUUUCAUCGCGGCCGAGCCGGCCAGGAGAUCCGCGUAUGAUCCAGCAGACUCCAAGCUGCAUCCGUUCCCAGGAUCGCUGGGCCGAAAGCAUGCGGGUGUCGAUUUGCCGCCGAUUGGUCAACAUCACUACCAGUAUCUAGAGAGGGCUGCUGAAGUGCAUUCGGCGACGAAAGGCGAAGCUUCGACGCAAUACACCCAGUCUUCCUAUCUCGCUAGUAGCCUCAAUUGGAUCGCCAGAUCCGUCUACCUGCGGUGA